AUGUCCGCAGUUCCAGUAAAUCCGAUUAAAGAUGAUGACAAAGAAUUCAUCUUCGUUGAUCCGAAGAUUGCCGAGCAGAUGAAGGACCAUCAGAAGGAUGGCGUACAGUUCAUGUGGCGCGAGCUCACAGCGGUCAACGAUGAUGAGGAGAGCCAAGGCUGCAUUCUCGCUCACACCAUGGGCUUGGGAAAGACAAUGCAGACCAUCGCUCUUCUGAUUGCGGUAAACGAAGCUGCCUUCUCGGAAGAUCCUACCAUCCGUCAGCAGCUUCCGCCACGGCUUCGACCGAAGACGAAGAAGCGAAGUCAGUUGCGCAUGCUCGUCCUCUGCCCAGUCGUCCUAAUUCAGAAUUGGCGCCGAGAAUUGAUGAAGUGGGCACCUGAGAAGCUUCCUAAAGUCUACACUGUCGAGAGCAGGGUUGGCUUAUCCACGCAUCGCCAGAACGAGAAGCAUCUGGAAGACAUGAAAGAUUGGUACAAGCAUGGAGGCGUGCUACUAAUGGGCUACCCGUUAUUCCGUGGCAAGAUUGGACGAAAGGAAGACGCAUUCUCGGAGCACGACGCGGACAAGCUCGACAAAUACCUCGUGGAAGGCACCGAACUUCUGGUCGCCGAUGAGGCUCACAACUUGAAGGACGAGAAAUCCAAGAUCUCUGCUGCUGUGAAGAGGAUACAUACGCAAAGCAGGAUCGCUUUGACCGGAACUCCCAUGUCGAACGACGUCCAAGAGAUCUACUCGCUUGUGUCUUUCGCCGCACCGAAUUAUCUUGGUGAUCCAGCAUGGUUCAGACAGCAGUUCGCGCAGCCGAUCAGGGAAGGUAACGGCAGAGACAGCACAACCUACCAAAUUCGCAAGAGCAUGAAGAAACUCGCCGUACUCCGCACGCAGAUCGAGCCGAAAGUCAACCGAGCCGAUAUCACUGUCCUGCGUGGCUCUCUGAAGUCCAAGACAGAGUUCGUCAUCACCUUGCCGCUGCUCGGGAUUCAGCAGGCCGCAUAUGUGAAGUAUCUGAAGGCACUGGUUGGUGGGGGCAAGAAUGAAAAGGCCAGCCAGGUCAUGAUGUUCGCCUGGCUGUCCGUCCUCACCUUGCUCUGCAACCACCCUCUCGCAUUCAAGAGGAAACUCAAUGCGCCUGCGAGUUACAAAGCAAGCAAAAGCAAGAAGGCCGUGCGCUCGGACGUCGAAGCCGUCGAUGAGGAUCUUAGCAAGAGCGUGCGCACCCUCGGUUUCGAUGAAGCAACGAUCAAAGACAUCACAGCCGACAUCAGUGACGAUCUCGACACUGUAUUGUCCGCGAAGAUGACGACUCUCAUCAGCAUCCUGGAGAUGUCAAGAGACUGCGGCGACAAGGUUCUCGUCUUCACCACCAGCAUACCAACCCUUGAUUACGUGGAGGAGGCUUUGGAGUGGGAGGGCAUUAGUACGGCUCGCAUCGACGGCAAGGUCCUGCCAGUGGCGAGAAGACAGACCAUCAUCGACAACUUUCAAAAAGAUUCCACAACGGCAUUGCUCAUCUCGACCCGAGCUGGAGGUGUAGGUUUGGACAUCCAAGGUGCAAAUCGUGUGGUCAUUCUCGACUUCGGCUUCAACCCAGCACACGAAGAACAAGCCGUUGGCCGCGCAUAUCGCCUUGGUCAGACCAAGCCUGUGUUUGUCUACCGCUUGGUAGUAGGAGGAACGUUUGAAGACAUGAUUCAGAACAUGCAACUCUUCAAGACGUCGCUCACGCAGCGCGUUGUGGAUAAGAAGAAUCCGACUCGCAACGCCACACUCGGCGUACGCGACUACCUUUACUCUCCCCGCGAAGUCCCUCAGGAGGACCUUCACCAGUGGAUGGGCAAAGACGAGCUUGUGCUCGACAAGCUUCUGAACCGACAAAUCAGGGAGCAAGAUGAAUCAGGUGACUUGAUCCGUCACAUCACGACGGUCGAAGUGUUGCAAGAAGAAGGCCACGACGAAGCACUGACCGCGGAGGAGAAGCUCGAAGUCGAGCAAGAGAUCCAGCUCAAUCGCAACACGCGUGCGUUGCGGAAGGGUGGUGUCGGUGCUGUGAGUAGACUUCCAGCAUCGACUGCUCCGGGUGCGAUCGCUGGUGUGGGUAGAAUGCCGCCUUCGACUGCUCCUGUGGGCGCGUCGAUGCAGACUGCGCAUCAGAACUACCAGGCGAACAUGUUUCAGCGACAUGGCUACGAGCCGAGUGGCCUUGGGGUGCCUUCUUCAUCCGCUCAUCCGCGUCCAGGCCAGGGACCUGGCAUGGUUAGAUUGAAGAUGCCGUCUUCGACGAUGCCGCAUGGCUUGCCGAACGAUGUGCCGCAUGGUUUGCCGAAUAGCUGA